AGAAGCCACAGGCCCACCUGGACACCCAGCAGUGCCAAGAGCACACAUGCCCUGCGCUGCUCCCCAAGCCAGGCUCGGACCCUCCCGAGGGCUGGCAGGGAAAGGCAGGGCGCUCUGGGCAGAGCAGAAGAAGGCUUCCCACUGCCUGGGGCACAGGGCCGAAGCCUCGAGGAGCUGCAAGAGGAAGGCUGGGGAGCCGACAGCCAAAAAGCCUUGCUUGGAUCACAAGCUGUUUUGGUGCAGGACUAGGACCUGGAGCCAGAGUUUAUCUCCAAACCUAUUGAACACUUUGGGGUUCCCACUCCAUUCUGAACCCCAAGAAGGUAGGAAAACUGAGAACCUAGAAGAUCGAAUGAUUUGCCUGAGGCUGAACAAGACUGGGCUGCACCCUGGAUCUCUACCUCCAGACUGGUACUGUUAAGCUUCUCAUUCUCUGAGUCUACUUUAGGAUAGACAAGUAUUGACAAAUACUGAUCUCCAAAGAAAGAAAGCAAAAUAACGUGCAGAGAUCGUGGAGCCAGCUGUCUGGAUUUGAAGCAUGGCUCUGCCUCCAUCUGGGUCACACUGAGCUCAGGUCCCUUGCCCUCUAUCCCCAGUUUCUCCAGCUGUAAAAUAGCAAGGAGAAUAGUACCAAUCCCAGUGCUGGGAUGAGUCAGUUGGUGAACGCCGAGGACACAGCUUGGUGCAGGCAGGCUGAAGAAAGAGAUGGCACCCUUGCAGUGAAGUAUUUCCUGGGGCUGAGUACCUGUCCCAAACGUGCCUGAGCAUUUGAAGGGUUAAUCUCAGGGAAAGGGAGGGAAUUCCAGUGCUUGGGGCGGAGCAGCAGUCCUUCCAAGGGUGGCCACCAGAGGGAGCAGCGGAACCUGAUCUGGCCCCUGCAAAAUCUUGGAGCCAGCACCCACCACACCCUCUGGAGCCUGGGGAGGAGGCUGGCUAGGAGUGGCCAGGACGUCCCUCCUGCCCCAGUAGCUUUUCCUCCCACUCUCUCCUCCUCUCUGCGGAGCUAUCAGUCCUCACUCUAGUGACAUCCUCCUUGGGGUGGGGGAAACGGGCUAAGUGGGCAAUCUGGGGAGGGGGCUGGCUGGGCGUGGCCAGAGUGGCUCCACCCCUGGGUUGCCCCGCCCCCUCCCAAGGAGCCCUUCAGUCCCUUCCCCAGGGCUGCGGUUCCUGUGGCCUCUGACCCCUCCCCCCCUUCCUACCCCACUCUGCCUGGCACACCCUGGGCCCAGCACGUCCCUUUCCCAAAUCUUCAGGGAGAAGGGGCGUGGGAGGAGGCAGAGAAAGUACUGGGCUCUAGAAAGAGGGGGCAGGGAGCUGAAAAAUAGGCACCAGGCAGAGGGACACGGGGACACACACACACACACACACACAAACACACACACACACACACACACACACACACACACACACACACACGCCAACAGAGACCUAAAGAGACAGAGGGAAACAGAAACGGACAAAGAUAGAAAUAGGGACCAAGAUUGAGAGGGGGAAACAGACUAACAGAGGGAGAGGCAGCAAGGCAGAGAGAGAGAAAAAAAAAGACAAUCAGCCGCCAAAGAGGUAGAAGAGAAGGGUUGCUGUGAGAGCCUGAGAGCCGGCAGAGCUCCCUGUGGCAGGGUGCAGCUGGGCACGAGAGAUGUAGCACCCAGGCCAAACUGGGUCAGAGACAAGCGGUGGAGGGGGCCUAGGGCUGGGUCAGGGCCAUGGCAGGGACAGGGACUCUGCUGCUGCAGCUGCUGCUCCUGGCUGGGGCAGGGGUGGAGGUGGCCUGGAGACCCCCAAAGGGAAAAUGUCCUCUGCGCUGCUCCUGCUCCAAGGACAGCGCCCUGUGCGAGGGCUCCCUGGACCUGCCCGAGACCUUCUCCCCGACGCUGCUGUCACUGUCAUGGGCUUCCAGAGAGCAGAGGCCUCUAGUUCAGGACCAGAUCACUGGUGGGAGAGAUUUUUUCUUCACCCACCCCUGCCCAUGCAAAUCCCCAGCUCACUCGUCAGGACUGGAGUCACCCAGCUGAAGACCGGCAGCUUUCUGAGGGUGCCAUCCCUGCACCUGCUCCUCUUCACAUCCAACUCCUUCUCCACAAUUGAGGAUGAUGCAUUUGCCGGCCUGUCCUACCUGCAGUACCUCUUCAUUGAGGACAACAAGAUUGGCUCCAUCUCUAAAAACGCGCUCAGAGGACUUCGCUCGUUGACACACCUAAGCCUGGCCAAUAACCACCUGGAAGCCCUCCCCAGGUUCCUGUUCCGAGGCCUGGAGACCCUGACUCAUGUGGACCUCCGUGGGAACCCCUUCCAGUGUGACUGCCGCAUCCUGUGGCUCCUGCAGUGGAUGCCCACCGUGAACGCCAGUGUGGGGACUGGGGACUGCGCGGGCCCCCCGGCCCUGACUCACAUGCAACUCCGCCACCUGGACCCCAAGAUGUUCAAGUGCAGAGGAAUAGAGCUGUCCUGGUUCCAGACAGUCCGGGAGUCGGCACUGGGUGUGGAGCCCUUCUCCUACCAGGGGGAGCCCCACAUCGUCCUGGCACAGCCCUUUGCAGGCCGCUGCCUGAUCCUGGCCUGGGACUACAGCCUGCAGCGCUUCCGGCAUGAGGAGGAGCUAUCAGCGCCCUCGGUGGUGUCCUGCAAACCGCUGGUGCUGGGCCCGCGCCUCUUCGUGCUGGCUGCCCGCCUGUGGGGAGGCUCACAGCUGUGGGCAAGGCCCAGCCCCGACCUGCGCCUGGCCCCGCUGCAGGCCCUGGCCCCACGGCGGCUGCUGAGGCCCAAUGACGCUGAGAUCCUGUGGCUGGAGGAGCAGCCCUGCUUUGUGGUGGCUGAUGCCUCCAAGGCAGGCAGUACCACACUGCUCUGUCGAGACGGGCCUGGCUUCUACCCCCGCCAGAGCCUGCACGCCUGGCACCGGGACACAGAUGCUGAGGUCCUGGAGCUGGAUGGCCGCCCUCACCUGCUGCUGGCCUCUGCCUCCCAGCGCCCAGUGCUCUUCCACUGGGUUGGUGGCCGCUUUGAGAGGCGCACGGACAUCCCUGAGGCCGAGGAUGUCUAUGCCACACGCCACUUCCAGGCCAGCGGAGAUGUGUUCCUGUGCCUGACGCGCCACAUCGGGGACUCCAUGGUCAUGCGCUGGGACGGGUCCAUGUUCCGCAUGCUGCAGAAACUUCCCUCACGUGGCGCCCACGUGUUCCAGCCGCUGUUUAUCGCCAGGGACCAGCUGGCCAUCCUGGGGAGUGACUUUGCCUUCAGUCAGGUCUUCCGCCUUGAGUCAGACAAAGGGCUCUUGGAGCCACUGCAAGAGCUGGGGCCCCCGGCUUUAGUGGCUCCCCGAGCCUUUGCCCACAUCACCUUAGCUGGCAGACGCUUCCUAUUUGCAGCUUGUUUCAAGGGUCCCACACAGAUCUACCAGCAUCAUGAAUUGGACCUCAGUGCUUGACACAGGACAGGACCUUGGACAUGGCUGGGGGCUGGCAUGGGGAGCCUCAAGCAUCUGAAUCCCCUCUUAGCUAGACGUCUGGUGCCAGCCAUUCCUGUGAGAGACUGACCACAGCCAAGUUCACCAGCCACAGGCCCAGGCUUUAGCCCACCUCUUGGAAGAUCUGGGAAGACUGGAGUAAAUGAAAAUACACAGCUGCUGGACCUUCUGAGCUGACCUUCCAGCGUGGCACAGCAUCCCAAGGGAGCUUGGGUUGGGGUACUGCAGGGAGCUGGGAUACAGAAAUCAAGGUAGGAGGAAUGUGCAGGGCUCCGGUGAUGUCUGGAGAUUAUCAACUAGCCGUCUUCCUACCUUCUAGCUCCCUAUGAAACCUGUGGUGAGAGCAAAUCUUUCCCUUUCAAACUCAGCCAGGCCAAUCGCAUCGAUGGGAAAGUGCCCGCCUCCAUGAGUCGCGGGGUAGUUUUCCCUCCCUGACCAAGUCAUUCCUUCUGCUGCUAAUGCGCAUGUCUGCUGCCAGAAGCUGUUUUUGGCCUUUCCUCCUUGCGCGUGCAUUGGCGUGGGUGGCAGAUAAAGAAAAUGGUGGGAAUUGAGAAGUGUCACGAGAAGCCCUUGACACCUCUCCCCAAGGACGCCAGGUGAAAGGCAAGGAAGUAUGUGAGCUCAAUAAAUGCACUGUGCAUUCGCCCCUCA